AUGUCGUUAAUUGACGAUUUCAUUGAACAUUCAAAUGAUUUUUCAGCACAGUCGUAUUCUGGAAGUGUGAACAACUUUUUUUUGGAUCCGGACGGAUUCGAAUCCUCCGAUCCGGUUCACAUGUUGGAAACUGGGUUUGUCAGCACCGGACUGGCUGAAGAUGAUUCUCGCAUAUUUACUUUAGAUCGUGUUCAAUUCCAGUUCCCUGCUGCAUUGAUAGCAAUGGCAGUGUCAAAUGAAAUUCUUAUAAUGGCUCUAGAAACCAAUCACAUUCUGAGAAUUGAUUUACAACAAGCGCACGACGUUGAAGAUAUCGAAAUUCCACGCAAGGCUGGUGAAGUAAAAAUCUAUAAGAUUUUCUUUGAUCCUACCGGUCGACACUUGCUCAUUACUACUGAGCAAGGGGAAAAUUUUUAUAUGUUUGAAAAAUGGAAAAAGGCCAAAGUGCUUUCGAAGUUUAAGGGUAUAAUAAUUGAAUCAGUGGGCUGGAAUAAAUCCGCGGGAUCUUCAUCUGACACUUCAACCAAAAAGAUUCUUAUCGGAAGUCGUAAUGGUAUUAUUUACGAAGCUGAAAUAGAGCCAACUGAUGAAUAUUUUAAAAAAGAAGAGAAAUACUGUAAACAGGUAUACUCCUUAAAUGAGAGCCUUCCUAUUACCGGUCUUCGUAUUGAACAAUUUCCAGCUAGCCCAAGAAAAUAUUUAAUAGUGGCAACAACUCCCACGAGAAUAUAUCAAUUCAUAGGCAAUGCUAAUACUGCAGCAGAUUUUGACGAUUUUCAAGAGCUUCCGGGAGAUUUGCCGUACAGCGAGUUACAUUUCUUUUCACAAUAUCAAGAUUUGCAUUAUCAAGGAUCAGCUAAAAAUUUCGCGUGGUUGACCGGUCCUGGAAUUUAUCAUGGUAGUCUCGUAUUUGGAUCUCAAGAUUUUGGUGAUCGCGUCAUUGACAGUGCCCAACUGUUACCAUACCCUGCUACACCGGCAGAAAGUGAUCCCUCCACAUUAGUAUCAGAAAUUCCAUUAUCUAUAGCUCUCACGGAAUUUCAUUUUAUCUUGCUAUAUAAGGAACGUGUUAGGGCAAUAUGUCAAUUAAACGAUCAGAUCGUUUACGAAGAGAUUAUUCCAUUGAAACCCGGAGAGACCGUUCGAACGAUGACAGUGGAUAAUGUUAAAAGCACAUUCUGGAUUUAUACUGACUCAUCAAUAUUCGAACUUAUUGUUACAAAGGAGGAUAGAGAUGUAUGGAAGCUGUAUUUGGAAAAGCAGCAAUUUGACAAUGCAAUACAAUAUUGCAAGGAUUUAACACAAAAGACAAUGAUUGCUACUUGGCUUGUUGAGAUAUAUAUCAGUAAAAUAAACACGAUUGAAGAUUUAGCGGCAUCUAGUGCUAGUUCUGAGGAUAUCAGCAAUUUCAGGGCGGAACAGAAAGUACUAGAAAAUGAGUUUAAAGAAUUUCUUGAACAAUUUAAGGGAAAUCUAGACAAACGAACGACAUACAAUCUUAUCGCGAGCCACGGACGCACCGAGGAGCUUUUGUACUAUGCUACCUUGAUUGGUGACUAUGAUAAAGUUAUUUCACAUUGGAUUCAAGAAAGGAACUAUAAGCAGGCCUUAGACGUGCUUAGCAAACAAGCGUCAGUUGAUAUAUUCUACAAAUUUGCUCCCGUCCUAAUGGAAAAUGCACCAUAUGAAACAGUCGAUGUUUGGAUGCGACAAACAAAUCUCAAUCCUAGAAACUUAAUGCCAGCAUUGUUAAAGUACGAUCAUGCGAAGGCCCCUGAAAAUGUCGUUCAAAAUCAAGCGAUACGAUAUUUGCAGUACGUGGUGCAAAAGCUCAAAAACAUCGACCCUGCAAUUCACAACUUUCUCCUUACCUUAUAUGCCACUCAACCCACUAAUGAUGAGUCUGAUUUGCUAAAGUUUUUGGCAACGGAGGGAAAAGAACCUCAUUAUAAUAUGGAUUACGCAUUGAGACUUUGUAGUCAGCAUAAAAGAAUGCAGAGUUGUGUACACAUAUACAGUAAUAUGGGAUUGUUUGAAGAGGCAGUUGACUUGGCAUUGAAGCAAAAUGAUUUGGAACUUGCCAGAAUUAACGCUGAUAAGCCAGAAGAUGAUCCUGCACUUCGUAAAAAGUUAUGGCUCAAAAUAGCGCGACAUGUCGUUGAAAAGAAACAGGACAUCAAAACUGCAAUGGAUUAUUUGCAAUUAUGCGAUUUGCUUAAGAUCGAAGAUAUUCUACCAUUUUUCCCUGACUUUGUCCUUAUUGACGACUUUAAGAGUGAGAUUUGCCUAGCCCUGAAUGAGUACAACAAACACAUCGAAGAAUUAAAAGAAGAGAUGGAAGAAGCGACAAAAAGUGCCGAAAGUAUUCGCUCAGACAUAAGAGAGUUGCGUUGUCGCUUUGCGAUUGUUACUUCUGAAGAAAAAUGUGCAAUAUGUGAUUUUCCACUUCUGACAAGACAAUUUUAUGUAUUCCCUUGUCAACAUGCUUUUCAUGCUGAUUGUCUGCUUAAUCGAGUCACUAAGCAUCUUAAUAAUAUUCAACUUCGUCGAAUAUUGGAUCUCCGAGAACAAAUAGAAAAGGAAUUAUCUAAUGUGAAUCGUGCACCUGACAACGCAGCGCGUGUACGAGCGUCCGCACCAGGCGGACUUGAUCGAUUAAAAGGACUGAUAUUACCCGAGGCAACAACUCACAGUGGUGAUGAUGUUGCAGUGGUUGUUCCAAAAUUAGACCAAUUGAAGAGACUCGUGGAUUCCAUAUUCAAAGUUUGGGAUCUUGUUCUUCAUCCAUUAUUUUGGACAAUUUGGAUUUAUCAAAAAGUGACCGCAGAAAUCAAUAACAGCUACAAGUAUAGCCUCAAGAUUCCUCGCUAA